GGUCGUGCUUACUGCCAGAUGCAGUUGCGAAUGAUCCAGCAUGAAACACUCUUAUACACUGCUCUGCCUUUUGCUGAUGGCCGCCUGUUUGGCGGUGCCCAGUGUGGCACGUGGCGGCCGUGGUCGUGGCGGUGGCUCAUUUGGUGGCCUCUUUGGCGGCUGGCGCAGCAAAUACGGCAGCAAAUCAUCCUCGUCAGGUGGCGGCAGGCGUGUGGUCAGCGGUUCGCCAGUGCACACAGCGAUGACGGUGCCCAAAUUGCCACCACCGCCACCACCACCACCGGGUAAGAUGAUGCCAAAGCCGCAAGUGGCCAGCUAUCCGCGACAACAAUUGCCACCAGGCUACAGUUACAAUGCAGCUGCAGCAGCAGCUCCUCAGCCGCAGGGCACAUAUUACGCCAAUGCACAGACCUUGCCACCCGGAGCCGUCUACUAUGCACAGCCACCCACAUCUAUGUCGAUGGGAUCAGGCACAAACGGUUUUCUAACUGGGAUGCUGGCUGGUCGCCUAAUGGACAGCAUGCUCUUUGGCCAUCAUCGUCAGCAUGUGUCGCAUGUCUAUCCACAGACGCAGCAGGUGGAUGCUGCAACAGCAGCUGGCAACACUGGUCGCGAUAUUAUAAUUAUCAACAAUGGACAACCGCAAACGAAUGGGGAGAAGGAAGUGGAGGGGGAGGGGCAACAGCAGCCACUGGAUGAGGAGUUGGCCUCGUCAGAGGGCCCAAUGGUCGAGGGCGAGGAGGAAUCAGAAGAGUCCGUUUCUAGUGAGGAAACUUUGGAUGCCACUGCAACCGCAGCUGAACCACCUGUUGGUGGCAUUGUCUGUUUUCCCAUUAUGUUAAACGAAACGGAUCCACAGAAUGCCGAGCUGCAACGUGAAGUGGAACGUGUGAUUUGUUUUCCAGUGCCCAAACACGAUCCACAAUUGGCGUCUGGCGACUGUCAAAAUAAUCCACAGUGCCUGCUUGAGCUGAGCACCACCAGCACAGUGCCACCGAUUGUUGCUGGCGAUAUUGGUGGUGCUGCCGAUGUGGAUGCUUCAGUGGAAGCUAGCAGUCCCACUGCCGAAGUGGAUACAACAACGCAUGAUUAGUUAUUUAAUUAGGAUUUAAGCUAAAGCGCAAAAUAAAUAUAUCCACCUAGUUUCUGAUUAACAGCUAUUCAAGUAAA